AUGUCUGCCGGUACCGGGGGGCCGGCCACCGCCGUGCGGCUCCGCGUCGCGUGGCGCGUCGUGCGCGCGGCGGAGCUCCUGGCCCUGGCUGUGCUCUUCUCCCGCUCCUUCCCUCGCCUCCCCUGCGCCGCGGCGGCGGCCUCCUCCGUCCUCCGCCUCGCCGCCUCCCUCCUCCUCCACCCCCGCUCCAUCUUCCUCCUCGCCAACGCCAUCGUGCUCGCCCUCCUUGCGCUGUCUCGCCGCGACAUCUCCUCGUCCUCCCCUUCACAUGCGCCAUCCUCCAACCACGACUCGCAAGACCAGUUCCUCCCUUUCCCGGCGCAGAGGCUGCUGCUGCCGCCGAUCACCGAGGCGCCGGUCCCCGAGGAGGAGGAGGAGGUGGUGUUCGAGGACAAGCAGGCGGUGCACGUGACGACGGUGCGCGCCCCGCCACCGCGGCGCAGCAGGUCGGAGAAGGCCGCUGGCGGCGGCGGGAGGGGGCGGGCGGCGUCGCCGGAGCUGCGGCGGGCGGAGUCGGAGAACGGGCGUCGUCGGCGGUCGAAGUCGGCGGCGGCGCCGGAGGAGUGGGGCGCAGAGGACGAGGAGGCGUUCCGGCGGGCGGUGGAGGCGUUCAUAGCCAAGCAGCAGACGCGGUUCCACCGCGAGGAGUCCUUGGUCGCCGUCGCCAGGGACGAUGCUCCAGCGAUCGCCGGAGCCAUGGCUGCAGUGAAGUGAGUGAAUGCAGUGAAAGCGAGGCUGCAAGAGUGCUGAGUGUGAAAGUAUUGAGGGAACAGGGGGCAAGUAGUGUGCAAAGAAAGCGUGCUGGCGCCUUGUUUAGUGAACAAGUUUUGUCUUUUUGCCUCUUUUCUUUCAAGUACGUAUCUGAAUAUGUUUCUUUCUUGUUCUUACUUUUGGCGCGGCCUCUGAUAGCGGCUGCCGAUGCCGAUGCUGAUGGGCUCAGGUUCUGAUCGGCAGCACUAUGUGGAUGCAGCGCACCCUGACUGAUCUCGUUGAUCUUUCUGUCUAG